CGCGAGGACAUGGAGCUAGAAAUGCUACUGCGGAAUCACGCUUCAGCAAAGAAAUCUGAUGUGAAUUCUCAAGAAGAUGAAAAAAAGGAAGACGAAUACUUUCAGAAGAUGUAUCAGCAGUGGAAAGGUGUGAAGACUAAAAAUGAUUGCACUUAUAAAGUCAUACCAAAAUUCUAUUUCAAGUUGCCGAAAGAAGAUGAGAUUCUACCACAAAAAUUACGUGAGGAAACACGCGCCUUAUUCCUACAAAGACGUUCUAGACAAUUACUUGAUAAUCACGAAUUGAAAGCACUCUGGGUUUUGUUGGACAAACAUCACAGCCCGCCUUUGUCAGGAGACGAGCAAUUAAUUAAUUAUGAGGACUUUAAGAAAGUAGGCAAACUGGCAGGAGCAAAAUGCAGUCCGUAUUUUACUGCAGUUGUUUUUGCUAAACUACAGCAAGGAGAUCUACAUGGUAGAAUUAGCAUAAUGGCAUUAUUCAAUUAUGUCAUGCGAAAAGUUUGGUUACAUCAAACAAGGAUUGGAUUAUCUUUAUAUGAUAUUACAGGACAGGGUUAUCUCAGAGAGUCGGAUUUGGAAAAUUAUAUCUUAGAACUGAUACCAACAUUGCCACAACUUGAAGGCUUGGAAAAGUCCUUCCAUUCGUUUUACGUGUGCACAGCCGUCAGGAAAUUCUUGUUUUUCUUAGACCCGCUUCGAACCGGAAGAGUUCGUAUUCAGGAUAUUUUAGCCUGUAGCUUUUUAGACGAUCUUCUAGAAUUGAGAGACGAGGAUUUGCCGAAAGAUUUGCAAGAAGCCAAUUGGUUCUCUGCGCCUUCAGCCCUUAAAGUUUACGGACAAUAUCUUAAUCUGGACAGAGAUCACAAUGGAAUGUUGAAUAAAGAGGAACUCGCUGGAUAUGGCACUGGUACUCUAACCGGUGUUUUUCUCGAACGAGUAUUUCAAGAAUGUCUCACCUAUGAAGGCGAGAUGGAUUAUAAAACGUAUUUGGAUUUCGUUUUAGCAUUAGAGAAUCGGCACGAACCUCAAAGUCUUCAUUACCUCUUUCGAAUUCUCGACAUUAACAAUCGUGGUUACUUGGAUACUUUUUGUCUGAAUUAUUUUUUUAGGGCGAUACAAGAACAAAUGACGAUGCAUGGUCAAGAGCCUGUUAGUUUUGAAGAUGUUAAAGAUGAGAUAUUCGAUAUGGUGAAGCCAGCAGAUCCGUGUAAAAUUACGCUGCAGGAUUUACUGUCUUGUGGACAAGGGGACACAAUGGUCAGUAUCCUGAUCGAAUUCCACGGUUUUUGGGCAUACGAAAAUCGCGAAGCUAUGGCGGCUGAUACUGGGGAUGAGUCGUCCCAUGUAUGACGAAGCACUUCCCAUCCAAGAGUACGAGAUAAACGUCCCGAGAUAAAUAAUGCACGACUGGACAUUAACACUUAAUGUGUUUAACACGAUAUGGUGAUGAUACGCAUUUUGUAGUAACAAAAUUUUUAUACUUUUUAUUAUGUGCCAGAACAUGGCAAU